UGACAUUAAUAAUAUGGUUUGGUUAACAACAGUAACGUAUUUUUCUGAGCUGUCAGUGCAAAUGUGCUAGCGAUAGCUUAGCUAUCCCUAUGCUAGCUCACUAGAUGCUAGCUGAUGUUUGAAACUGUUAGGAAUUAAGCAGGAAGAAGUAGCAUGCUAGUUAGCUUUUAAGCUAGCCAUUCUAUUUUUGGGAUUUGCGUUCCGCAAGCUGGUGCCCUGCCUUUACCUGCCUUUAUAAUGGUUAUAAGAGAGCUGUUCAUAUAGCUGAAAGAGAAACUGUACCAUGUCCUUAAAGCCGCGAGUGGUGGAUUUUGAUGAAACAUGGAACAAGCUACUGACGACAAUCAAGGCUGUUGUGAUGCUCGAUUAUGUGGAGAGAGCCACAUGGAAUGAUCGGUUCUCUGACAUUUAUGCCUUGUGUGUUGCGUACCCAGAACCUUUGGGUGAAAGAUUAUACACAGAGACCAAGAUGUUUCUUGAGAAUCAUGUCCGGCAGUUGUACAAGAAAGUCCUUGACUCCGAGGAGAAGGUUUUAGUGAUGUACCACAGAUACUGGGAUGAGUACAGCAAAGGAGCUGACUACGUAGACUGCUUGUACAGGUAUCUGAAUACUCAGUUUAUUAAGAAGAACAAGCUAACAGAGGCAGACCUACAGUAUGGCUAUGGCGGAGUUGACAUGAAUGAGCCACUCAUGGAGAUUGGAGAGCUGGCACUGGAUAUGUGGAGGAAGCUGAUGAUCGAACCCCUUCAGGCUGUCCUCAUCCGGAUGUUGCUGAAUGAAAUUAAAAAUGAUCGUUGUGGUGAGAACCCCAACCAAAAGGUAAUCCAUGGGGUUAUCAACUCCUUUGUUCAUGUUGAACAGUACAAGAAGAAAUUCCCACUAAAGUUUUAUCAGGAAGUCUUUGAAGGGCCAUUUCUCAUAAAAACUGGAGAGUAUUACAAACAGGAAGCCUCCAAUCUGCUGCAAGAAUCGAACUGCUCACAGUAUAUGGAGAAGGUUUUGGCACGGUUGAAAGAUGAAGAAGUGCGAUGUCGGAAAUACCUGCACCCUAGCUCCUAUGCCAAAGUCAUCCAUGAAUGCCAGCAGAGGAUGGUGGCAGAUCAUUUACAGUUCCUGCACGGAGAGUGCCAGAGCAUCAUUCGGCAAGAGAAGAGAGACGACAUGGCCAACAUGUACACACUGCUGCGGGCUGUAUCUAGUGGGUUGCCCCACAUGAUCCAGGAGCUGCAAGUUCACAUCCAUAAUGAGGGCAUUCGAGGCACCAGUAACCUCUCUCAGGAAAAUAUGCCAACACUGUUUGUGGAGUCAGUGCUAGAGGUUCACAGUAAAUUUGUUCAGCUCAUUAACACCGUUCUAAAUGGAGAUCAGCACUUCAUGAGUGCACUUGAUAAGGCUUUGACGUCUGUGGUGAACUUUAGGGAGCCAAAGUCCACCUGUAAAGCCCCUGAACUUCUGGCAAAAUACUGUGACAAUCUGCUGAAGAAAUCUGCAAAGGGUAUGACUGAGAAUGAGGUGGAGGACAAGCUGACCAGUUUCAUCACAGUGUUCAAGUAUAUCGACGACAAGGACAUCUUUCAAAAGUUUUAUGCCAGAAUGUUAGCAAAGCGGUUAAUACAUGGUUUGUCAUUGUCAAUGGAUUCAGAAGAAGCUAUGAUCAACAAACUAAAGCAAGCUUGUGGCUAUGAGUUUACAAGCAAACUCCACAGAAUGUACACAGACAUGAGCGUGAGUGCUGACCUCAACAACAAGUUUAACAAUUUCAUAAAGACACAAGAGACAGUAGUGGACCUCGGCAUCAGCUUUCAGAUUUAUGUGUUACAGGCUGGAGCCUGGCCUCUCACGCAUGUCCCCUCCUCUACCUUUGCCAUUCCUCAAGAAUUAGAAAAAAGUGUGCAGAUGUUUGAGUUGUUCUAUAAUCAGCACUUCAGUGGGAGGAAGUUGACUUGGCUGCACUAUCUUUGCACAGGAGAGGUGAAAAUGAACUACCUGUCCAAGCCGUAUGUUGCAAUGGUGACUACGUACCAGAUGGCAGUGCUGCUGGCCUUUAACAACAGCCAGACGGUGAGCUACAAGGAACUGCAGGACGGCACCCAGAUGAACGAGAAAGAGCUGCAGAAGACCAUCAAGUCGCUGCUGGAUGUCAAGAUGCUAAACCAUGACUCACAAAAGGAGGAGAUUGAAACCGAGUCUACAUUUUCACUAAAUAUGAGUUUCAACAGUAAAAGGACGAAGUUUAAGAUAACAACAUCAAUGCAAAAGGACACACCACAGGAAAUGGAGCAAACAAGGAGCGCUGUAGAUGAGGACCGCAAAAUGUAUUUACAAGCUGCUAUAGUGAGAAUUAUGAAGGCCCGAAAGGUGCUCCGUCACAAUGCCCUCAUCCAAGAGGUCAUCAAUCAGUCCAAAGCCAGGUUCAACCCCAGUAUCAGCAUGAUUAAGAAGUGUAUUGAAGUGCUUAUUGACAAGCAGUACAUUGAACGAAGCCAGAUCUCAGCAGAUGAGUACAGCUACGUGGCAUAGGUGGAGGAGCCGAGCCACACAAACACUGGGCUGUGUGACUGACCGAGACGUACAUCAACAACAAAGCAGACUCAUUUAUCCAUGUAGGCUUCAGACUGUCACUGUCUACUGUGAUCCUGUUUGGAGACCUAAAGCAGGACCGGUGCCUUCAUCUUCAAAAGGUCAUCGUGUCACAUUAAGACACCACACAUCCCCACCCCAGCCACCUCUUGAUUUUAAGCUGUUUACAAUAUCACCAGUGCCACGCAUUUGUGCGUUAAGCAAGUAAAAGAAAAUGCCUGUAGGCGUGGAAAAGGAAAGAUGGUAAAAGUAUACUAGUCCACCAACAAAAAAGAAAAACUGCCGAAAGAGCUAGUUGUGACAUCAAUGACAAAUUGGUGGCUACAUAUUAAAAACAUGCUUUCUUUUGUCACAGUUGCAGUUGUUGUGUGAUUAUUUUUCUUUCUUUGUUAAAUGUACUUAAGUUAGGAAAAAACUAUUGUAAUAAAACUGGUAUACUGACUAUUGUAUCUACUUUCAAUUAUAAAGAAAAGGUGACAAACAUGAUCUUGCUGCUUGUCAAUAAAUAAAUAUAAACACUGAAA